UUUGAACAUCUCAAUAUUAAUGCUAAGGUUUUAUCAGCGCUUGAAUGACCCACUGGCUCGUUCUUGCACUGCCUGAAUGAUUAGCGCCGCUGCGCUGCCUUGAGGCUUGUGGUCAAGCGUAUUCGGGUGCUUGUUAUUUAAACUUUGGUUCUACUGAAGUACUCUCCCUUCCCUCUGAUUAUUUGCAUACAUUUCCCCCAAUUUUUGACUGUUUGCAAUGAGCGAAGACCGCAGGCCGAAUCCUCCUCCAGAGGUUUCUGUAUCCAGAGAAACAACUGCUCGCGAGAGCUCGACCCAGCCCCGUAACGGAUUCCGUCAAACCCUACGGAAAUUCAAGAAGAAUGUGAAUAAAAAAGUUUCUAAACACUUCAAGUGUACCCGCCGCCAAAUCCCCGCCGUCCAGAACGCCGAUCAUGCAGGUGCUUCAUCGAAUCAGAAUAUCGAGGAGGCGUCGCGUCUGCAUCCUUCCGAGGAUGACAAGCCCGCCACAUCUAAGAAUAUUAGUGGCUGUGUGAAGCCAGGAGCGUCCGGCGAACCUGCUUCGAAGAUUCCGGAUCCAAAAUCAGUUGAUGCAGAACUUCGGAAAGCCCGUGAGGGUACGGAAAGUAUGAGACUACUCGGGGGACAUAUCACUUCCGUGGUAUCUAAAGUCGAGGACGGCCCAAAAAUCUCACUGCCGCAGACGAUUUCCAGACCACAUACCUUCAACCACUCAAAGUUUUUGAUGCUGUCAUUGAAAAUCUUGCGAAUGUACAUCCUUACGCAAAGAUGGUGCUGGGUGUGCUGUCUGCUGCAUCUAAAAUUAUUCUUGCUCAAACGAAACGUGACCAAUCGAUACAAUCUCUUCUUGAGAAAUUAGAACAAGUUUACAACUUCAUGUCACAAGAUGAUACUCUUGGCCAGAUUUUAUCCCAGCA